GGGGUGGAGGACGCUGGCGCCACAGUUGCUGGAUGGGGCAAUACGCGCCGUCCGUCUUCGAGAAAUAUACUACCAGCGUUACGGUGGGCAAAAAGGAGGUCACCCUGAAUUUGUACGACACCGCAGGGCAGGAGGACUAUGAUCGGCUACGACCGCUUUCUUACCAGAACACAAACGUCGUGUUAAUUUGUUACGAUGUCAUGAACCCUACUAGCUAUGAUAAUGUAGCAGCUAAGUGGUAUCCUGAAGUGAAUCACUUCUGCCGAGGCGUCCCGCUCGUACUGAUCGGCUGCAAGACAGACCUUCGGAAAGACAAAGAACAGUUGCGCAAACUCAGGGCUUCUAAGCAGGAGCCCAUUACUUACAAUCAGGGUGAAGCAGCUUGUCAGCAGAUUAAUGCAGAAGUUUAUCUGGAGUGCUCAGCAAAGUGUCGUGAAAACAUAGAAAAUGUUUUUAAAGAAGCAACAACCAUUGCACUGAAUGCCAUGAAAAAAGCCAAGCGCCAAAAGAAACAGACAGUGUGCUCAGUGUUAUGAUCGGGACUGCAAGAGAGCAUGGACUGCACGAGAGCAAAGUGAUUCAGAUUUUAAAAACAGUAUAACUUUAAAGACCUUUUUUUUGUCAUUACAUGUUUGUAUUCCUAAAACGACUUUUAUUUUCAAAUUUUAAUUAUUUUUAGUGUUUUUGCACUUUCAUUGCACUGCUCUCACAAAGUUUUCAAAGCUCUUUAUCAAGGCUAAUCAAUGCUGCAUGCCUUUGUCCAUCUGGCUUUUGCUCCUAACUGCAAACGACCACCAGUCAGGUCUCGGACUCACUAUUUAAAUUGCAACGGACAAUGACUGCUACUGCAUGACUUAAUUAGUGGGUUUUUUUCCUCUGCAAAAUAAUUGUGGCAUGUUAUAGCUACAAUUUACUGUCUUUUUCAAGCAGAAAAGCCACGUCUUUUAGAAGCAGCAUAUCAGGCACCUUCGAAGAGACAGAAAUGAAGUUGUCUUAACAUUUUCAAAUUAAUUUACUUGAUGGCAGUGGUAUGAGUUAGCCUCAAGCUGCCACCCGAGUGCACAGACAGAGCAUCCACUACUGCCCCUGUACCACUGGGCCAGCUUUGCAGAGCUGCUCCUUUAGAGCAGUGGUAUUUAUAUUGAAAGUGGUAUUUAUCAAUGGAAAUACAUUGGUUGCUCCAAUUCAGAAAUGGAAUAUAAUGGAAAAUACUUAAUUUACAGCACUCAAAGUUAGAAGUCCUCUAAGCAGUACGCCAUGUGUAAUGUAAAGGCAGUUUUACAAUAAACAUACAGCUUGUUUAAUACAUGACAGAUGCAAAUAUUGGUGCAUGCUAGGGGAAAUACUUAACUCAUGUUCAUUAACUGAUGAAAUCAUCUCUACUGCUAUAAAUGAAAAUUUUCCCUUUUGUGAUGAAGGUGUCAGUCGUCUGUUUGAGGCUGAGGGAUGCUCCCACUGUACAACCUAGUACGUGUGCCUCAAAUCUCCUAGUUCUUUUGCACAUCCUCAUGCAGCGAGAUCUUGGAUUUCAGGUGCAAUCACUAGUUUGUAGUCAUCAUAAACCAAACCCUUGACAGGGAAGGAGGUUUCUGCAGUACAGGUGUUGCUGAAAGCUUUCUGUGUAAGGCAAAUGACAGCCCAUCCUAAGGGAGAAUACACAGGACUUCCAUUAACGGUAACAAGACACAACCUUUUGCCAAAAAGUUUAGGCGGUGCAUGCCAGGAGUCUGUUAGACUAACAUUGCACGUAGAGCCUGGUAACUGUACAUCAUACACAUUUCAUGCAACUUUAUCCUCUGCUAGUUACAUGACCAGCUGGUGAAAAACUCUGUUUUGGACUGAGCCAUCAUUAUUAUUUUACAUGUAGGGUAAAGAGAUCUUGAUCCUUGAAAUCUUACUUUUUUUCUUACCCUAACUUGUUUUGAUUUAAUUAAGGUUUGCGAAUCCCUACGAGCUUAAAAUGGAAAAUU